GCCUCUGCACCCACCGUACCUCGCCGCCUCUCGCCGAGACGAUCACGAGCAUCAAGCAGUUGAGAUCAAGCCGCCGCCGUCGUCGUCUUCUUCUUCGUCUCCGACAGGAGGAGCGGCCGGAAACCUCGGGAGGAGCUGGCUAACCUGGAUCAGCUGGAGGGCGGGUUCGCCUCCGCGCGCGGGCACGAGACCGAGGAGCAGCGCAACAGGUUCCUCGUGCUCCGCCUCUACGAGGCGCUCAACGGCCGCGACCACGCCGCCGUGCACUCCCUCCUCGCGCCGGACCUCGAGUGGUGGUUCCAUGGCCCGCCCGCGCACCAGCACAUGAUGCGCCUCCUCACCGGCUCCAGCUCCUCCUCCUUCCGCUUCCAGCCGCGCUCCGUCGACGCCUUCGGCUCCACCGUCAUCGCCGAGGGCGUGGACGACAAGGCCAAGGCGUACUGGGUGCACGCGUGGACCGUGGGGGGCGAUGGGGUGAUCACCCAGCUGCGCGAGUACUUCAACACCGACCUCACCGUGACGCGCCUCGCCGCCGCCGCCGCGUCCAAGUGCGUCUGGCAGAGCCGCCGCCCCGACCGCGCCCGCAACUCCCUCCCCGGCCUCGUGCUCGCCCUCUAACUCCUGGAAGCAAUGUACUACGUAGGUCUCUUAUUUCGAUAUUGCUUACCACAUUUCCACACGUCUCGUGCACCUGAUGAUGAUGAACUAGCAGUAAAUUAGUUGAGUACC